GCGGCGGCUUCAUGUGGGGUUGAUGCAUGUUCUUGGCUAAUAAUUAUCAUACGAAAGCCAUCUUUGGCUUUGACGGCCGAGUCGAGUGGUCGGUUUUUAGAAAAAGCCAACAGACAAAGGUCCCACCCACACGCACGAGGGAGCACGCACACUAAAGCCCGGCCCGGCGGAACAUGGCUUCCGACCCGGCGAGCCUUACGUGCGACCACUGCGGGGAGACGUUCCUGCGGAGAGAGCACCUCGACCGGCAUUUGCGGAGGCACUCCGGCAUCAAGCCAUUCCGGUGCGAGGUUUGCGACAAGGCUUUUGCCCGGAGGGACACCCUCCUGCGUCAUAGCACCGUUCACCGCCAUGGAGACGAGACGCGCAGCACCCCACGCCGCUGCUCCCAGGCCUGUCUAUCAUGCGCCAAACUAAAGCAGCGUUGUCGCGGGGGCAUGCCGUGCACUCGUUGUCGGGAGACCGGGACCGAGUGCAUCUACGGUCCGGCAAAGACCCCCGGGGUCAAAACGGUGACCUCGUCGAGGAGCAACAUAAUAAUACCUGCCACUGGCAUCGGGGGUGGGACCAUCAGCCCCGGCCCCUCUAAUCAAGAUCCUAGCGAUGCAUAUAGCCAAGUACCCGGGAUUCACGUGCCGAGUGGCCAACCACACGGGGCCGCCCAGCAGCCUGCUUCUACUUCUACUUCACACCACCAUCAUGGCGGCCCUAUCAGCAACGGCCAAGACAACCUUUCCUUCUCUCCCACAGCGGCUGGCCACCCAGUUCCCGUGCCCCCCAACUUUACCCCUUCUUCACUGCACAGUGAUCCUACUCUCUUUACGCCCGAUCAUUGGGACUCGUCCAUGUCCCAACAUGGGAACCCAAUAGUAAACGACUUUGCCGCCGAGUGGGAUGCCCUGACUGCCUACUUUCCCUUCUUCCCGGUGCCCGAGGAGCUGGAGGAUGCCCUUGGCACUGCACAAGACAUGACAAACCACGGCCAACAGCGCGGCGUCGACACGCACAACAACCACUUCCAAAACCCCCAUUUUCAGGGUCAGGCUGCCCCGGGGCCCUCGGCAGUUGUGCCAGACCGCGCCUCGGGUCCGGACACAUCGACUCAGGCCCUGAACAGCUCUCGUCUGCGCGUCGAAGUCCCAUGCCGCCGGUUCCCACAGACGCGAGACACGCACAUGCUGACCGCCGAGGCCGAGACGUUUGGCCACGUCCGCGACGUCCCCCUCCGCGCAUAUGAGGACUUGCAAAGCUUCUACGUGGCGCAGUCCCAGGACAGUCCAUCGUCCUUUGUGCCCAUGCGCCUCAUUCAGGCCUUUGUCGAUCUCUACUUUGAACAUUUUGAUCCCCAGUUCCCCUUCAUACACGUCUCGCGUCUCGAAGCCCAGGAGCUGCCUUGGAUGUUGCUCCUGGCCACGGCGGCUAUCGGAAGCUACUACUCGGAGCUUGACGAUAUACGAGAAUAUACCUCGAUAUUGUGCGAUUUGCUGGGCAGGGCUGUGGAAAGAGAAGCCUUGGCACAGAUCAGCCGACCGAGCAGGGCCCUCGUCCAGAGCGCUUUCCUGCGCCAUAUCCACCUCAUGUCCUGCGGCCUGUACAAACAAGUGUCGUUGGCCAAUCAUAAAAGGCAGAUGCUCAUGGCCAUGUGUCGCGACAUGGCGACUCGAAGGGAAGCCGAGAAAGCUUCCCAGCAGAACCCCACCAAGAGUAGUGACGAGUGGGCAAAUUGGCUCGUGAUAGAAGAGGAAACACGCCUCGCAUGCUGCAUCUAUAUGUACGAAUGUAUCUACUAUGUCUUCACUUAUACCCCCACAGACUUCAAUCUGUUUGAUGUCUCGCAGCAAAUGCCUGGUUCCAGUCGUCUUUGGUACGCCAGAGACGCCCAUGAGUGGAAGUCGAAGCAGCUGGAGUUUCAAGCUGUCCGAUUGCAGCGAGGAGCUUCCCAGGAAGUCGCCCCACCACCCGACCCGGACUGCGAUCCCUUCUUGGCCAAGAUGAGCCUGAUGGCAAUGUACGCCGAUGUGAAGAACAACCAGCGGCAACGCCGCGCAUCGAGACUCGCAAUGAACACGUUCGGCUCCCACCUCAAAGCCAUGAGCCCCAGAAUCGCCAAGGCCCCCGUGCGGCCCUGCUUCAUCGAGACGGACGACGAGGCGAUGAUGGACAACCCGCUGCUGGAGCAGUCCAUCGAGCACAUCGCGCUGUUGACGGGCGAGGAGUCGGCCCGCUGCCACGCGACCCUCCCUCACCUCCUGGGCAUCCUCCGCACCGUCUCCGUGCGGACGCUGUGCUCGGGCACCGGCUGGCAGACCGAGACGGCCCAGAUGAACAAGCUCAAGGCCGAGUUUAGAGAGUUCCUGCAGCGCGACGGGGCGCGGGCGCGAAGGUGCAUGUGGCACGCCGCGUGCAUCUCCAAGCUGCUGCAGACGACGCGGCGCCUCGCCUCGUACGACGUCUUCACCGCCGGCAUCGCCACCUGCUUCAUCGUGCUCUACAUGGAGCUCCGGCCAGCCGAGCCCCAGCCGUCGGCGCGGCGCCGCGUCGUCCGUCUCGACCAGCUCUCCACCUGGGAGGACGUCCAGGACUGGGCCCGGAACGGCGGCGAUGCCGACAUCCACCUGACCAACGUGGGCGUCAUGCGCGAGCCCGACUCGCUCGUCCGCUUCCUGCGCAUCACCGAAAAGGCCAUGCUGCGCCAGGUCGCCUGGAACGCCUACUUCACGACCUGGGCCAAGACCCUGGUUCAGCUGCGCCAUGGCGAGAAGCCCACGAUGCAGUGUGAGGAUUACAACGAGGGCAAGGAUGGCGAGGGACGUGAGCGAGAGAGACCAGAAUAAAAUCUAGAGGAUAUCGAUCCUCCAAGACGAUUUUAUUCCCGUGGCCGCUAAUUUAUGCUACGGGGGAGCUCUGAAGGGGCGGUUCUGCGAGCCGAUAGGUUCUCCAGAGUUAUAUGUUGCAUUAGAUAAUUAGUAGAAUUUUGGUAUUAUAUGACGACAGGAGUUUAAUUAGCGUUAGGAACACC